AUGGAUUUCCCCAAGGACGACUUGAAAUGGUUCGGAGAAGGUUUUGAUGGUUUUCCCAAGAAACUCCCAGACGAUGUGGUCGAGUACAUCAUCUACAUCAUAGACACGAGGCUCUCCGACAUUCAAACACGCGAGCGCUUACAGGCUUUUCAGCGCUCUCUACAGCAGCUAGAAAAGAAAUUCCUGAGAGAGUACAUAUGGCAGCGCGAGUCGCUGAAGCUUGAGCUCAUCCGUGAAGAAGGGCGCUGGCUACUGAAAGGACGGACCAACUACGGCGACAGUGUGGCAGAUGAGUGGCUUGUCGUGUGGCUUCUGAGAGAGCUGAGCAAAGAGUUCAAAGAUGCCUGGAUUCGUAUAUACGACACAGACGGUGAAUUCCUACUUAUUGAGGCAGCCAACGCCCUGCCCAAAUGGUUGAACCCCGAGAUCGCGGAGAACAGGGUCUGGAUCAACUACCACCGCCUACUCAUUGUGCCUCUAGGCAAACAAGAGGUCGAACCAGCUCCAUUGACCAUCCUGGAAGCAUUGAGGAUUCUAGACGAGGCUCCAGCCCGACCACAACACUAUCAAAAGGUGGAGAAGGAGGCCUUUCAUCGUUUAGAAAACUACCCUGCGGCCAUAGCAGAGAACCAGCAUCAUGCGACUCUUCCCCUGCCGCGCAAGGUCGCCCACAUUCUACACACGAACCCUUCAUACAUUGCUCCUGUAGUCGAAGCUUUCUACUUGCGCGACCCAAUCUCGAUCCGACUCCUGCAACCAGAAAAGUCCAAGAUGCCACUCAUCUUCCCGCCAGACGAUUUUGUACAGAUCAGCGUGCGCUUUACAAAGGUCCUAUACGCACAGCUUCUAGGACAACAAUGGAGCCCACCACCACCAUGGGACUCUGCCUUGGAGCAGCUCAUAAAGGCCGGGCACGUAGCAGAAAAAGCCGAAAUUGGCGUGAAGGUAGCUGCAGGCAUGCAAAUCUUGCUGUCCCACUCACUCUUCGCUUCGAACAAGCCUGUCCGGGAAAUUCACCUACUACUAGAGGACCUAGAGAAUGGCGACGAUGUUCUGCCCACUAACGAGGACAUUGCAGCAUGGCCAAAGCGUGAUGAUGACGAGGGUUGGCUGAACAUCGACUUUACCGAAUUCGAGAAAGAACUUGCCGGCAAGGGUAGUGGUGACGGGAAAGGUUUCGGGGAUAAGACGGCGCAAGACAACCUCAAGAAGAUGGUUGAGCGCUUCAAUGCCUUCCUAGCAGACGACGAGGCUGACCACAAAGGAGCCACCGAUCUCGAUCCCAUGGAUGUCGACAAUGAUUCCGAUGCCGAUGGAAGAGGCUGGGAAGAUCCUGCUACAGAUGAGUCCGACAACGAGGAGCCCCUAGGUGGGCAGAGUACGGAUGGAUCGAAGGCCUCACCCAAGAACGGCCCCAAAGGCAGAUCGGAGGGUAAAUCUGGCGCCAAUAAUAAACUGGAAGCCGAUGAUGCUAGUGAAGACGAAGAAGCCGAUGCUGAGUAUGCGGAGUACGAAGCUUCAUACGAGAAGUUUAUGAUGCUACCAGCUGCCGAGAAGGCAUUGCUUACGGAUGAAGCGCGCAUUCUCGCGCUCGAGCAGGAUGCAGAACAAGAAGAAGAUGAGGAGAUCAAGAAGCUGACUGAGGCUAUGGAGGCCGAGCUCUUCGGACAUGGCGCCCUUGAUCUCAACCCUAAGCCUGAACGAGCACACGGCAAAGGUCUGCUCAACGACAGCAAAGGGAAAGGGAAAGCCAAGCUGGAGGAGGUCGAGGAGGAAGGAUCUGAUGCAGAAGACGACGAAGACGAAGACAUACUAGAUGAAGACUACAAUCUCGCGGACAACAUGCUUAAAGCUUUCAAAGGACAAGCAGGUAUGGCAGGACCAGCGGGUAACAUGAUGAAGGCUAUGGGAGUGCAGUUUCCACGCGACGCAGAUGAUGAGAUCAAGCACGGCAAGCGAGACCACGAUGGCAAGGGCCCAGACAAACCGUUGGGUUUCCACCUGUAG